ACAGCUCAUGGACAUCUCCAACCAGUGAACCAGAGACCUGAGCUGCACUCUGAUUGGGCCAGCCUCAGGUCUCACGCCUGUCCCUGAACCAGUCACAGUGGUGAGGGGCAUGGGACUCAAUUCCAUCCCAGCUGCACCAAGGGAAGAAUGUUUCAUGACAUCUCUGUUAAUUUGUGAGUAAUCAGACAUGCAAAUACCUCUUCAGGAAUCAAGCUAAACUUAAAGCAGACUUACUUAGAAACUUUGCAGCGUGUAUCAUGGAGUGCAAGAUUGAGGGAAAAGAAAAAUACCAACAUAGCUUGAAUUUACUCAAUAAAAUUAAGAACAUGAAAGAAUUAGAAGAAAUGAUUGAUGUGGUACUCAUAGCAGAAGAGGAGAAAUUUCCUUGCCACAGAUUGGUCCUGGCUGCAUUUAGUCCUUAUUUCAAAGCUAUGUUCACCUGUGGACUACUUGAGUGUACUCAAAGGGAAGUCAUACUCUAUGACAUCACAGCAGAAAGUGUGUCAGUGUUACUAAAUUACAUGUACAGUGCAGCUUUGGAGAUCAAUAAUGCCAAUGUACAGACGGUAGCAAUGGCUGCCUAUUUUAUGCAAAUGGAAGAAGUCUUUAAUGUGUGUCAGAAAUAUAUGAUGGGCCACAUGGAUGCCUCCAACUGUGUAGGUAUCUAUUAUUUUGCAAAGCAGAUUGGAGCUGAAGAUUUAUCCGACCAAUCGAAGAAAUAUUUGUAUCAGCACUUUGCCGAGGUGAGCUUACAUGAAGAAAUACUAGAAAUUGAUGUGCACCAAUUUCUAACGCUCAUUAAAUCAGAUGAUCUUAACAUAUCCAGAGAGGAGAGCAUUUUGGACUUAGUUCUGAGAUGGGUAAAUCAUAACCAAGAAUUGCGCACAGAACAUCUUGUUGAGCUUUUGAAGCAAGUCAGAUUGGAACUUAUAAGUCCUUCUUUUUUAAGACAAGCCCUAAAAAGGAACACAAUGCUUCUGUGUGAUGCACAUUGCAUUGACAUAAUUCAGAAUGCAUUCAAAGCCAUCAAGACACCCCAGCAGCACUCUCUAAAUCUUCGCUAUGGCAUGGAGACUACCAGUCUUCUGCUUUGCAUUGGCAACAAUUCCUCAGGGAUCAGAUCAAGACACAGAAACUAUGGGGAUGCCAGUUUUUGUUAUGAUCCCGCAUCACGGAAGACCUAUUUCAUCUCAUCCCCCAAGUACGGGGAAGGUUUAGGAACUGUGUGUACUGGUGUUGUCAUGGAGAAUAACACUAUAAUUGUGGCUGGAGAAGCAAGUGCCUCUAAACUCUCUAGACAAAAGAACAAGAAUGUUGAAAUCUAUAGGUAUCAUGAUAGAGGAAACCAGUUUUGGGAAAAGUUAUGCACAACUGAAUUUCGAGAGCUCUAUGCUCUGGGCAGUGUCCAUAAUGACCUCUAUGUUGUAGGAGGACAGAUGAAAAUUAAAAACCAGUAUCUUAUUACAAACUGUGUUGACAAGUACUCUGUAGAACAUGACAAUUGGAAGAGAGUGGCUCCCCUUCCACUACAAUUGGCGUGCCACGCGGUAGUGACAGUGAACAAUAAACUCUAUGUGAUUGGAGGCUGGACCCCUCAGAUGGAUCUUCCUGAUGAAGAACCUGAUCGAUUGAGCAACAAACUGUUGCAGUAUGACCCCAGCCAAGAUCAAUGGAGAGCGCAAGCACCCAUGAAGUACUCUAAGUACCGAUUCAGUACAGCUGUAGUCAACAGUGAGAUUUAUGUUUUGGGCGGCAUUGGCUGUGUAGGUCGAGACACGGGCCAGGUUCGAAAAUGCCUUGAUGUGGUUGAGAUCUACAACCCAGAUGGGGACUUCUGGCGAGAGGGCCCACCCAUGCCAAGUCCCCUGCUCUCCCUUCGAACCAAUUCUACCAAUGCAGGAGCAGUGGAUGGGAAACUGUAUGUCUGCGGGGGAUUCCAUGGUGCAGAUCGCCACGAGGUUAUCUCCAAAGAAAUAUUGGAGCUGGAUCCAUGGGAAAACCAAUGGAACGUGGUAGCCAUCAACGUCCUCAUGCAUGACAGCUACGACGUGUGCCUGGUGGCCAGGAUGAACCCCCGAGACCUCAUCCCUCCACCUUCAGAUUUGGUAGAAGAAGGCAGUGAACACUGAGCUUGGUGUUUCGGAGGGCCUCCCGCUGUGUCACAAGGGAGGCCCUCAGAGCAGACUGCCAUGGCAUCUGUCAGUCAGCAGACAUGUGCAUUGCAUGCGCAGCGCAGCGUGUGAAGCAGUGGGUGCUGGGCGCGGGGAGGGGGUGCAGAUUCUGCCUUCAGGGACCCUACAAGGGGAAGGGGUGAUGGCCACAGAGGAGCACAGGCAGGUGGGGAGGAGGGUGCAGAUUCUGCCUUCAGGGACCUCCCAUUCCCACAGGGUAGAGAAGACACUACAAGGGGAAGGGGUGAUAGCCACAGAGGAGCAUGGGCAGGCAGGGAGGGCCACAGGAAUGCAGGGGAUGGAGGGAGUUCGCUCUGCUGGGGACUCAAGAAUAGCGUCCCCACAGUGCAUGUCUUUCAUCAGGUGUGAGGGAUGAGGAGGACAUGGUCCCAUGGGUGCAGUUGAUGGUAAGGUCCUGAAACAGCCAAACAAAGGCCGAGAGGUGGCCUGAACAUGUUUGUCACAGCCCAGCCAGGUCUGGGGCACAGGGCUUGCUACUAAGACUAAAAAAGUAGAUUGUAGCUAAAUGACCAACACCUGAAAGAAUGAGGGGUUUGGACCUGGUCUGUGAGCAGGAGAAUUAUCUCAAAAUAUUGAUGCCAAAGUAAGACUUCUCUUCGUGCAAUGCCCUGGCUUCCGUCUUAAAAUACUGCCUGUUCUUAUUCAGAACACCCUUCUGCUGCAGCGACCUCACCCAACAGCAGGGCCGGCAGUGGCCACAGGUUCUUAACAGGCUAGGCACUCAAGCCAGACCUCCGGAAGAGAGAGUCCCGCCUAUCUCUGUGUCCAGAACAGAGGUGUGGGCUCUGCGGCCCCCGUGCACUCUGGGGUCGGUAGGGAGUGUCCUGGGCUGGACUUGCCUGGCUCACAGACAUACGCUACCUUCUGCCAGGUUGGCCCUGGCUGAACAGAACUGGCCUAAUCCUCUCAACCCAGAGACAGGACAGGCUCUGGAGUGAGGGGAGAGGAGGCAGCACCUCCGGCCGCCUGCUGUGCUCUUGCCUAGCCUUUGCAAUGUCCUCCCAGUGUCAGAGGAUAAGGAUGAAGCCUGCUGCUUCAGCCCCUGGUGGAGCCCAGUCAGAAACGGUCACUCCCGAAAUAUGUUUUAGGGAUGACAUUUAAAUGAUACAUGGGAAAUCCAUCUAUUUUUCCCACAACCUGUAUUUCUGGAGGCACAGCAGGUUCAAAGGAUGCAUUUUGGUAACUGUUCUUCAACAAUUUCUCGAGUUUUGUGUUGCACAAGGUUCUUUUUUAAGCAGGAGUGGUAGGCAUGUUCCCUUGGGUUUCCCCAGAGAGAGACAAAGACUGAAUAGAGACAGCUCUUGCUGGGUGCAGAGCUGUGUGGCAGUGGUAGCCGUCAGCCGAUGCCCUGAGUUCCAGCUAGCCCAGGCAGAGAGGCGGGUCCAACAGAAUCGAGCCAGUUGGUGGGGGAGCAGGGCAAGCGUAGGUUGUCCCAAGUAGGCAAGGCUGUAGGAGGGCAGGGCCAGGUCUCUCUCUGCAGUCGCACCCCAAGUGCCCAUUGCAGCACUUGGCACAUGGAAGAAUCUUUCUGUGGCCAGAAGGGAGCAGUGUUUCUGAGCCAGAGGGCUUGGUCUCAGCACAUCUAGGGAUCUGAGUGAAAAUGAGUUCAUUCUUCUCCCUGGUGGAGGGUCACAAUCCAUACAUUUUCUUUCUUGCUGCAAAGACAGAGCCGUUCCUCUGAGUGGGCUGUGCCGGCUGCUGGCAGCCGUGGGUGAGGCACCUGCUCCACCUCUUGAGCACACUGGAAGCUACCACGUUCCCCUGGCUCAAGGAGGCCUUGUCGGAAUGUCGCAGCCCAUCUCCUACACACCCUGGGUCCGAGGUCUGGCUGUAGUCCCAGCUCUGCUCCUUGGCUGGCUGUGCGCUCCUGGGUAGGAUGCCUUCCUCACGUCCUCUUUUCCCCACUUGCAGAGUGGAGGGAAGCACCACACGCGCUUUACAGGCUGGGCGAGGUGCCUGUUAAGUACCGAAGCGACAAACGCAUAAGCCGCAGUCAUUAUUACUAAUGCCAUUGUCAUUGUCACCAGCAUUUCCCAAAGCAGAGUGCCCAAACAGAACCCAGUACUUCUUUGGGAUCUCCCGGGACUUUAGGGAGAGACAUGCAUGUGGUUUGAGGAGGUUCGUAAUUUCCCAGGACCAGACGCUUGGCCCCUCCAGUUGGAGGCUGACAAGCCAGUGAAGGCUAGCUGAGGUCUGGGCUCCUGACGCCUUAGGCGAUGCCUUCAGGGCCCGGAGGUAGCUCAGCAGAGGCACCUGAGGGUCACACCAGGUGAGACCCCUGCCCACUCGUGAGGGGCAAGGCGAGGUAAAAGGCCAUUCCUGUCUAAUGCGAGCCCUCCAGAGAGUGCUGAGGGAGGAGAGUGCUGACCCUGCCUGGAGCCAGGACGGCUGGUGCCUGAGCUGGUUUAGCACCGAAGGACAGGCAGGCAUCAUGAGGCAGCAUUUCCCAAACUUGUUCUGUGGAACCCCCGAGAUCCAAACAGGUUCUUCACAGAUUUCAGAUGGGAUCUUAAUUUUUCUUUAAUUCUAUGUAAUAGAUUGCUUGCUGGCUGGCUGGCUGGCUGGCUGGCUGGCUGGCUUGCUGGCUGGCUGGCUUUAGAGUUUAUUUUAAGCUCCGGGUGCUUCUUGGUGCUGACUCUGAUAUUUGCAAUUAAAAACAACAUGCCCCUGCCCUCCUGUAGUUAGAUAUUGUCAGAGAUUCAACUUUGAAAUAUUUUCCUAGCACUCUUUUGAUUUUUAUUGAAGGCUGUCCCAAUAUUGCAUGGAGGCUCUUCUAAACUACGGUGGGCUAGUUCUUAUCUCACAGCACGGGGUUGUGGGACACUGAGCAAGAGACACACAGGAGGGUGAUCAGGCUGCCAGGGGCUGGUGAAGCGCUGGGCUGUCAACCACGCCCGACCCAGCCUGUGUGACAGGUGGCAGCAGCACUGUCCUCUCUGAUUGACUUCAUAAUGAGCAAACACUUUCAAUUUGAACUUACAAGAUAAAUUUGUACGAAUAAAAGAUGGCUUUCAUUUUGCUUUUCA